CAGGGACUAUCCGGGAACAAAAAAUAAAAACUUGGGGACUAUUCAGAUAGUUUUAAAAAGUUGGGGAAUAUAGGUGAAAAAAGGCGAAACCACAGGGACUAUCCGGGCAUUUUUCUCUAUUAAACUACACAUUGUUCCUUCACACACUUCCGUCGUGUUCUACCGCCGGAGACCUUUCCACUCGCCGGAAACUUCUCAUCACCGCCGUACGACAUUCUGAAUACCAUAUCUAACAACUGCAGGGAUUGUGUUGAGAUGGGGGAUUUACGAAACAAGUCAACAAAAGAAAAAACUGCGAACAAGUCGAAACAAAGUUCAGAAGAUGUGAAUGAAGAGAAGAAAACCGAAAAGCGGAAUUCAGAUGUUGGUGGUGGUAGGAAAAGGAAGAGAUAUGACGCGUAUAAGGCUUUGUUCAAAUCUCAACGAAUAAGAACUGAAUCAGUUACAGUAUGUUCCACAAGGGCCGAGGUUGUUCACGACGAUAUAGUUGAGCAGAUACUGAUACGGUUAGACGUGAAUAAUCUGAUCCGUUGCAAAAGAGUGUGCAAGUCAUGGCACUCAUUAAUCACAAGUCCAGGUUUCGUUAACCGUCAUCUGAACCGUAGUUACAACAAAGAUCGCUACGAUGAGAUCGGACACAGAAGAAUAAGUUCGACAGAUCAUCAUCUUAUCGGUUCUUCAACUGGCUUGGUAGUUGUAUGCAACUCUCCUUGUAUUUAUUCGAAAUUUUUAGUAGGCAAUCCGUUGACCAGAGAGGUAACACGGCUCAGACCUCCCCCUUGUAUCCCUUCACCGUUAUUAUGUUGGGGUUUUGGUCACGAUUCAGCCAAUGAUGAUUACGCGGUCCUCGUUGGGGCCCGCGCUGGCGAAAACGAAAACGAAAACGAAAACGAGAAUGAGAAUCCGACAAGUUUUCAAGUUCAACUGCAAGUGUUGAGGUUGAGUACAAACGUUUGGAAAGUUGUUGGAGAAGUGAAGUAUACAUUUAUUACUAACGCGGGUAUUUUAUGCAAUGGCGCGCUUCACUGGAUCGUAGAAGAUCAAAGCCGGAAGAUAUUGAUUAUUUCUUAUGAUAUAUCUCAAGAGGUGUUUAAAGAAGUCGGUCAACCUGAUGAUCCAAGAUAUGAAUGUGGUUCUAGUAGCCGCCUCGGGAUUGUUAAAGGAUGUCUAUGCGUGUACGCAGGAGACGAGAAUUCUUUUAUAUGGUUGAUGAAGGAGUAUAAUGUAAAAGAGUCGUGGGAACGGCUACCACGUGGUCGUGAGAUGAAGUAUGACAUUGUUCACUACUUGAGAUCACCGAAGCGGGAGAGUUUAUAUCGUAUUGAGGAAUCGUGUUUUUCUGGUACUUCGGAAUAUAUAUGUGUCCCUAUGAAACAUAUUGAUGACCCUGUAUUUAUGCAGAGUCUUGUAUCUCCAUAUGUUAAUCGGAAGCGAGAGGAAAAAACGGAGGCAACUAGGCAAGUAAUAGCAAUGGGUUUAGAAACUUCCUUGCCUUCGAGUUCGGUUUAUUAUUAUUCAUCAAUUCUGUUGAAUUUACACUAUGCGUUUAAUCGAGGAGGUCCUUCUGGUCAUGAUCCAAGUGCCUGAGUUUGAUGCUAGCGUUAACGGGGAACGUCGAGGACCAAGUGACACGUUUUGAUGCUAUGAAGAUAUAUGUUGUUAAGAUACUUCUAAUGAAAAAGCGUCUCAUAUAGCUAGAGUCGUAAUGUACACAGUCGUUACCUCUGCGUAAAUCAGGUGGACACAGACUAAGAGAGAGUUUUGGUUGUGCGGCUGGUGGUUAUCAGUGUGAUGCCAUUCCGUCUUGUUCAUUUCGAUGUUAUAACAAUAAAAACGUGAGGCUGCGAAGGUGAUCAGUCUUAGAAGAGAAGAAAGAGAGCAGUGAGGUGGUGUGGGCAAUUGUCGAUAUCAUGAUGGACAAACAACCUCGAGCUUCAUGCAUCGAUCUUAUUUAGACUUAUGAACCUAAACGAGCUUGUUGUUUACGUGGAUGUGAUUUUGUUUAUAUAGUAUAAUAAUGUAAAGUUACAUAAAAUUUUUUGGUAUUAUAUAUAUAAUCAUUAUGAUUAAAAACUAAAUAA